AUGAGCACCAAGUCACGUUCGGGCUACACUCCAGCCCAAAUUCACCAAUACUACGAUCGCAUCAGUCUUCCACAAAAGUACCGCCAUGAACCAGGCCAUGCCAGCACAAAGAUCGCUUCCCAGACCACCACUGGUCUCGAGUUCCUGAGUGCCUUACAACGUUACAACCUCGCCAAUAUCCCAUUCGAGAAUCUAGACCUGCAUUACAGCUCUCACCAUAGUAUCAGCAUUGAUGCUCAAGGGAUAUUCGACAAGAUCGUUGGAGGAGGAAGAAAGAAGGGACGAGGUGGAUACUGUAUGGUCAACAAUGCUCUAUUCGCCAACGUCCUUCGUGGACUCGGAUUCUACGUUACCAGCCACGGUGGUCGAAUCAGCAGCUCCGUCACGUUCUCAGGCUACAGCCACAUGGUCAAUCUCGUCUCUUUCCCAGACAACCCCGACCUAAAAUAUCACGUGGACGUUGGAUUUGGUUCUGGCGGGCCUACUUUUCCUGUUCCUCUCAAACACGACGAAGAAGGCAAGCUAAACAUUGCGCCAAACCAAUGGACCAGACUCAUCCACUCAACCAUCCCAGGCACCGCCUCUGACCAAAAGUUCUGGGUCUAUGAAAAGCGCAAUGGCGAUCAGAAUUGGUCUCCUUGCUACUGUUUCCCCGAGAUGGAGUUUCUCGAGUCUGACUUUAAGGUUAUGAAUUACUGUACUAGCACAAGCAAGGAUUCGUGGUUUACGAAGAUGCCUGUUUGUCUCAAGAUGCUCCUGGACGAGAGUGGGGAUAGUAUCGUAGGCCAUAUGCAUGUUCUCAAGACCGACUUCAAGAAACGCAUCGGCGAAGAGGCAUUGAUCAGUAGGGAGUUGACGUCGGAGGAUGAGAGAAUCAAAGUCAUUGAAGAAGAGUUUGGCAUCCCAUUAGAUGAGGAGGAGAGAAAGGCCAUCCACGGCAUGGUCUCUGAAAUAGCAUAG